AGGCGAACCCAUUUCUUGCGGAAUCAUAGUUCGCUGAGAUCGAUAUCUAAAUCAUUCAGCUGUGGCACCCUUUCGGUGCCUAACUGCCAUGCGACCAGAAAGAAUCACGAGGGCUGGGAUGUUGCCAGGUUGCUCAAGCCUAGACAGAUGAAGCGAAGAGUUAGAGGUCGGGUUCAAACCACAGACCUUCCGAUCACCCUUAAGGCUAUUAGGACUGACUGGGGGAAAUAUCGAUCAGCUGUAGCACCCUUUCGGCGCCUAACUGCCAUGCCACUCAUAGGAGGCACGAGGGCUGGGAUAGUGUCAGGUUGCCCAAGCCUAGAAAGGGGAAGUCGAGAGGUGGAGGUCGGAUUCGAACCAUAG